AUGGACAUGGGUAUGGUAACGCUUGCCGCCCAAGAACCACCACACCGCGAAUCCUCCAGACUUGCCGCAACCAGUGUGGUCUCACCUAAUUAUAAUGAAAUCAUCAGCACUUCUGUCUAUGAAAUGCUGUAUAAGUUCAGAACUGGAGGUGUGAAAACGGGUAAUGCAAAACACAAGGAAGACAGAAAGAUGGCCAAAAAUUGGGGAUCGUUUACCAUUGAACCUACCGUACAGACCUGCGCGACAGGACCCCACUCAUCUAGCUCUGCUGUCGGACUCAAAACGCUCACUACAGCACCGCACCGUGCUCAUGAUCGACUAUGGGCGGCUGGAUGCCGCAGUAGUCCGAGCUUUCACAUUAUCAUGGCACAUCAACCAGUUCCUUCAUAUGCUCCGUCGUGUUUCGCACUUCCAGCCGAUGCAAUCAGCACAGAAGAUAUGUGCCGCACUGUUGAAGGGGCCAUAGAGUACCGUAAGAAGAUUGAACGUUUCCGAGACUGCAAGGAAAUAGUGAGGGAUCUCUACAAGAAGCCUCCCACCGCUCCAAACUAUACAGCACAACAACUUGAAGCUGUAUAUGCCAGUAUGCAGAAUAUGAAGGUCUACCGUCACAAUGAGGAGUCGACUGCUGAUAUACCACCUCCUUUCUUGUCCUUUGAUGAAGCAUUCCAAGACUACCCAUCCAUUCUAAGAGAACUAAAGAAGCAGAGUUUCACAGCUCCGUCACCGAUACAAGCACAGCUCUGGCCAGCACUUCUUAAAGGCAACGACUGCAUUGGUGUUUCUGAAACUGGAUCAGGAAAAACUUUGGGGUUUCUCUUGCCUGCCUUCCUGCACAUUGAAGCUCAGCAUGGGCUCUACGAAACUGGAGAAAAGAAGCCAUGCCCUUCCGUUCUAGUUCUUACGCCGACACGAGAAUUGGCUCAACAAAUUGACCGUGAGGUUAAGAAAUAUUCAUACAAUGGUUAUAAAAGUGUUUGUUUAUAUGGUGGAGUCGCGCGUCUCGACCAGAUGAAAGUGUGCCGAAGCGGAGUGGAAAUAGUGAUCGCAACUCCUGGCAGACUCGCGGACUUGGCCGACGAAGGUGUUAUUUCGCUAGCUACUGUCUCCUAUUUGGUACUGGAUGAGGCAGACCGCAUGCUUGAUCUCGGCUUCGAGCCGUCUAUUCGUCGAAUUUUGUGCGAAAUACGACCAGAUCGUAUUAUUGCCCUUACUAGCGCAACUUGGCCUGAAAACGUUAGGCAACUAGCCAAGAAGUAUACAAAGGAUGCGAUAAUGGUUGUUGUUGGAAGCUUGAAUCUUACUGCCUGCUCAGCUGUGAAACAGUAUUUCGAAUUUUGGGAGGGAAGCCAGAAGUUCGACCGAUUACGUGAAAUUGUUCAUUACUUACUACAUAUGCAUGGGCCUCGAUUUAAAAUGAUCAUUUUUGUGAAAGCGAAAGCUAUGGUUGAUUUUAUCUCAUCUGAAUUGUGCAAGUGCGGUAUUCCUGCCCAGGGGAUGCAUGGUGGAAGGUCUCAACUAGACCGAGAAAAUGUCUUCCGGGAAUUACGCUUAGGACAGUGCCAAAUUUUGGUGGCCACGGAUUUGGUGAGCCGAGGCAUCCACAUAGCCGAUAUCACGCAUGUGUUGAAUUAUGAUUUUCCUGGCGAUAUCGAGGAGUACGUCCACAGAGUCGGUAGAACUGGCAGGGCUGGGCGGACUGGAGAAGCGAUGACAUUCAUUAGUUGGUGUGAUCGAAUGCAUGCAGCACGACUAAUUGCUCUCCUCGAAGAGAGUAAACAGCACGUGCCACCUGCACUGCGACGACUGGCUGCACGACACGCCGAAAGAGUGGCCAAAUUGGGACCAUUACCUCCAAGGAGAUCAACUGAAUAUUCACUUGUAAAUGUUAAGUGUUGA